GUGAAAUCGUACAAUCCAGUUUGAACGUUACGGGAGGAACGAAGUAUAUUAUUAUUGCGCUGCCGAGACUAACCAGCAAAUUUUUGUAUUGAGAUUAACUUUUUCAAAUAUCAACAGUGAGGCGUUUUGAAUUAGCAUGCAUUUGACUUGACUAUAAGUAUAUGAACGAUUUAUUUAUGUGUAUGCGUUAGCAUAGUGUCGAUAUAUUCAUGGUAUCACAAGUGAAGAAUAUAUACGUUUAAAAAGACUUUGAUUAUUGUACACCACCAGUGCUACGUUUGGCGCUGAGUUAUUGGGUUUUUUUUUCUUUCGAAACGUGUUUUAACAACAUGAAUAUGUGUAUAUGUGAUGUGGACAUUAGCGUGACAAAUACAUAAACGCUUCAUUACAGACUUACAAAAAUAGCUGUGACUCAUCUGAAUUUGCUAAUAUUAGGGUGAUUUUAUGUGUACGUGACGACGCGCUGAUAAGUGAAUAAAAUAGAAAGAGACUUUUGGAAUUGAGUCAGAAUUUUUUUGUCAUAUUUUUGUUUUCAUUGCUAAGGAAGAAAAUAACAAUCAUAGACAAUGGCAAGCGAAGCACAACGCUUAAUUGGAAUAUCAUUAGCGAAAAUUGCACAAUCUCGUGUCGGUCGUGGAGGUGUUUCGUUACAUAAGAACCUGUUGGUUGCAACGGUAUUACAAAAAGCUCGAUACAUAUUUAUGGAAGAAGCAUAUCAUAUGGUACAUGGUCACUAUCCACAACAAUGCAGACAGUUUGUAACGCAGCAACAGCAACAUCACCAUCAUAUUCAACAACAUCAUCAUCAUCAACAACAACAGCAACAACAUUGUCAUGGUUCAAAUACAAUUGUAGGAGAAAGUCAAAAAAGUUCAAUGGCCCCACAUGAGCAGCAACACUAUCACCAUCAACCACAAGAGCAACAACAUCAUGAAGCACCGAAACUUGUUGAAACCAAUGAAACAGAAUUAGACCAUAAUGAUAUUUAUACGGGAUCGUCAGUGAUUGUGAAAAAUGAACGUAAAAUCGAAAAUGAUAAGGAGAACAGUCCGCCCGAAGGACUCACCUAUUUCGACUUAGAUAAACACAAACUACAAAGAAUUAGCGAACUAGGUCAAAAGCGACGACGACAAAUUAGUGAAUUGGAAACGGAAGAAGCUGUCCUAUCAAUAUUACCAAAGCGAUCGAAAAGCGAUCUGCUAGACGACGAUUUAUUAGCCCUAAACAAUGAGAGUGAAUCAUCGCUGAUCGCCGAAUGUAUUGCGCCCGAAGUCGAAGAGAUUUCCCAUUUAAAUUCGUCAUACUCAGCCGAUUGCGAUUCCUGUGAAACGCCAAUGGAAAUUGAUCGAAUAACAUCACUGGUGUCCAUAUUCAGUUUCGGUACACUGGCCCGAUCCGUGUCCACGCCCGAUUUAUGUUCAGCCCAAGCUAAAGAUUCCGAGACCAUGUCGCAGCGGACCUUUCUUGCCAUGACCGUUUAAAAACGUUUAAAACUAAAAUAAAAUUAGAAUUGCAUCGUGCGCACAGUGCUUAUAUUUCAAUUAAACUAGGAAAAACGAUAAUUUGUGGUGGUGCAUGUGUGUGCAACGUAAACGUAAACCAAUUAAAAAAUUUUACUUUUUCGUUAAUUAUACAAGUAAAAGAAGAAGAAGAAGAAAAAAAAAACAAUGAAAAAUGAUUUUGUAAUUGUUUUGUAUGUUAAUGAUGAAUUUUAAAAUGUUUUAAUUGCAAAUGAAUGUGGAAAAUCAAAUGAUUGAGAAGAAAUUGAGGAGAAAAAGUAUAGAAAAAAAGUUGUGAUUUCACUUUCUAGUGUAAACUGAAAGCAUGAACAUAUAUAAAAUACAAUAUAUAUCCAAUCCGUACGUACAUAUAUUUAUCUAAUGGACUAGGUUUUUGUAUGGCGAGAAUAUGUUUGUUGGUUCGACUCGAGACAAUUACUUGUGCUCGUAAAAAGAGAUUUCAAUUGGAAUUUUGAGAAAGGAAAAUUAUUUUUUUUUUAUUAAUUCAAAAUAAACGAUAGAUUGAGAGACACCACUGAAGAAAA